AUGGCUCCAUCUCCGAGAGCACCCAACCCUAGUCAGACACCGUGUUUGGUUUGCAGACACCGCAAAGUUCGAUGCGAUCGCAUCAAACCUGAAUGCGGAUUCUGCUCCAAGGGCGGCUUGCAGUGCGAAUACAGCACCGCCCGAAAGACGCCGGGAUUGAGGGCAGGCUAUGUCGAGAACCUAGAAAAGCGUCUGGAUUGCCUCGAGAGAGAGUUUCAAGCUUUCAAGGGUAAUAUUGAUCCACAUGGGUCUAGAUAUCUGAUGGCUGGGGCUGGAGCAGAAACAGUCUCGAGACUUUCAGCGCUGCCCAGAGCAACUGGACUUAGUUCACAGCUCUCGAUAUCGAACGGACCGGUUCUGGGUAGUAGUGUCGCGGCAACGUCUCCAAGCUGCUCUAUCAAUGGAAGAUCACAGGAUAAAGUCACCGAAGCCUGCAAUCUUUGGUUCCAGAAACACCACUCAUGGUUUCCCAUACUACACGAGCCGACCAUGAUGGAAGCAUGCCAAAAGUACUCAGGGCAGCAUGAAACUCCGGUCACUGUUGCGCUCGAAGCAAUCACCGCCGUCGUCACUUCCACAGAUAGAGGAGCCGCUCAUGGAGAUGACACCGAACGUAGCGGAGAACAGGGCAGGCGGCGACUCUUAGAAGACCAGAUCCUACUACAUGCGAUCCAUCACCUAUCUCUUCACACACUACAAGCCCUACUUAUCCUUGCCAUCGUCGAGUACGGAAGCGGGAGAAUGGUUGAGUUUUAUAACCUCAUUUCCCUAUGCAAAAGAACGAGCACGCAAUUAGGCCUCCGCGAUCUGGUAGCACACAACUGCAUGAACUACGGCUUCCCAUCCGUGAUCCCCUCCCGCAUGCUUGCACUACCGGCCACAGCCGUCGAGCAAGAAGAGAAGAUCCGCGCCUUUUGGACCAUUGAGGCCCUGGAUUCGGCGUCAACCGUCGGAUCUGCCUGGCAUCUCUCCGUCUCCCAGCCGCUACCAACAGCCAGUCUUCCGUGCGACGAAGAAAUAUGGCGGUGUCCCGAGUCCAUCUUCCUUCAACAGCCGUGUGACACGACAUCGGUAUCGGAUCUGCAACAGCGAAAGCUGGACUGCACCAUCCUUUCCGAAAGGUUGAUGGCAUGGCAUAGAGACUUUGAGCAGAUGCUGACAGUGCGGACACCACCCUAUACCGACCUAUUUGACGGUGCUGCAGCUGCAUCCCACCAUCCAAACACAAUCCUCAUCCAUUGCACUGUCCACAGCGCCGUCGUCUCCCUCCAUCAACGACUCAUAUUCCCCGACGAUGACACUGGGAGCGAGCACUCCUGGAAAGAUGCCGCGGAGCGCUGCUUGAAUAGCUGCGAUGAGAUGAUCAAGGUCAUACGCGGUGCGGGCGAUGACAUGCUCGAGACGGCGAACCCUCAUAUCAUCCACUGCGUCUUUGUCGCGGCACGCUUCAACAUUAUAUAUGACCGUGUGUUGGGCCUGGGUCCGCCGAACAAGGUGUGGCUUCUGAUCUACGGACUCAGAAUCUGCGGGCAGAGGUGGCCGCUUGCGAGACAGCUGCUGAAAGUGCUUGAGGCGGCUGCUGGUACUGAGGGAUACGGAGGGGUCGGUGGGUUGAAGGCGCUUCCGGGUGAGUUUUGGGAUCUACAGUAUCUGUCACUCGAUAUUUACGAGGCUUUGCGAGUAUGGGCGAUCGAGACAUGA